AUGUUUUUCUCCACCGCUCAUCUCUCUUUUACGACGGCGUUUUUCCUCUCCGGUCUUGCAUUUGCAAAGCUAAUCCUCUUGGCGUUAGAAAAAGGUCCUCUUUUUCCAGUCCCUCCUAAUCUCAUCCACUUCAUCUGCGUUGCGUGUUUUCCAAUCCAGCUUCAGAAAAACCCUAGCCCUAAAAAUCAUAAUCAUUUCCCCAAAUGGGUUUUCCCUGUUAAAGUUUUCAUCUUUGGUGCGUUGCUACUAAAAGUGUAUGAUUACAAACAAUAUCUUCCUCAGAAUUUCUUAUUGGCUCUUUAUUCUCUUCAUAUAUACUUAGAGCUUGAGAUCUCCUUAACCCUAAUCAAGUCUCUGGUCGCCCUCACUCUUGGGUGUGACCUUGCACCACAAUUCAACGAACCAUACUUAGCCACCUCUCUGCAUGACUUUUGGGGUCACCGUUGGAACCUCAUGGUCUCGGAGAUUCUCCGGCUUUCAGUUUACCUCCCCAUACGAAAUUUGCGAGUUAAGAACUCCCAGUGGGAUCCAUACUUAGGAAUAUUCGCCACAUUCCUCGUCUCCGGUGCGGCUCACGAGAUUCUCUACUUCUAUUUGAUGAGGGAAAUGCCUUCAUGGGAGGUGAGUUGGUUCUUUGUGUUGCAUGGGUUUUGUACGGCGUCUGAAGUGGCCGUGAAGAAGAAUACGAAGUUGGUGCAGCGGUGGCCGUUGAGUCCGGCGGUGUCGAGGCUGCUCACGGUGGGGUUUGUAUUUCUGACUGGUGUUUGGCUAUUUUCGCCUCAGCUUAUUAGGAACGGCUUGAUGGAGAGAUUUACUAAUGAGGACUUUAUUUUUAUUGAUUUCUUUAAGCGCAAGUUAGUUAUUCUCGUAGGGUUUUUCUACAAGUCUUAA